AUGUCUGAGCGCAACCCCAGACGAGUGGCCAUCAUAGUGGUGUCUCUGCUGGCCCAUGUGGCUGCCAUGGUGUUCAACACGCUGGCCUCCAUUGGUGAAGAAACAGGUAUCUUCAUGCAUAGUACAGAGGAUAUCACACAGAAGUAUGAGACAGCCAUCACACCGGCGAGAUGGUCUUUCUUCAUGUGGGACUUCACCUAUAUCUGGUUGCUCUGUAUGCAUAUUUAUCUCAUAACAGGACUCUACCGAAGAAGUGCUUCCUGGAUGUAUGCAACCCCUGGUGUGCUACCAUAUGCAUUCCAUUUCAUCCUGAUAACAAAUAUCGCCAUGAAUAUCACCUAUCUCUUCUUGUACGACAGGGAGUAUUUGUUGGCCUCACUGGUUUUGUCUGCAACGAUGGCCUUCACAAACUGCCUUCUCAUAUUCUUCUCCUGUUACGGAAUUAAGGUGUACGGCGCCUGGUUAAACAAGCAUCAUUCCCUUGACCUUUGGCUCUUCCGCAUUUGGGUUCAAAAUGGGGUGGCCUUGUAUGCAACAUACACAAGCAUCGGCACUCUCUUAAAAUUGACGAUGGUGCUAGACACUGACACGACAAUGUCCAAAUCCAACUCUGCCAUCACCUCACUGUCUCUCCUGCUCGCUGGAAUCCUUAUCUGGUUCGUGGUGGAGAACUUCCUGUUGGAGAGUCAUUUCCGCUACAUCCUGACCGUCUAUCCCGUGGUGAUCCUGGUGCUGGCGGGAAUUAUCUCCCACCCAUCUCCCCCAGGCCCUAAUGAUGUUGUUUCAGCGGUGUUCCUGGGCAUCACCUGUGUUCUACUGGUGGUCCGGAUAGCUCUGGUGGUGUGGCGGCACUGCAACCAACCCCUGUACCGGCCUGACAUGCCUGUCAUGUCCCCCAUGGACCUGGUCAGGACACAGAACCGGAUGUUCUUUUGAAGAUGUGGUGCCUGAGAAGAGAAAAACUAAACUAAUACACAUUUUGGAUGGAUGGGAUUGCAGAAAUGGGUGUUCUUUUCCAAGAACCAAGACUGUUUUUUUUAUUAUUUGAAGAGAUUACAGAGCCAUGUGUUUUUA